AUAAAAUGAAACAUCAAAUUGAGCUGACGUCGAUCUUCUUAGGAUUAGUUGUUUUUUCAAUGGUGUCAGUGGAUGGAAAACCGCGACCCACUUUUGAUAAGAUUGCUGAUAUUCUGGAUGUGCUGAUUGACGAUGGAUCCCAGUAUGCAAGACCUGGACCAAGGCCAUAUGCUUCGACGGGUCCACUCAUUCAAGAGGGCUAUCAACAUGGCUACGAUUACAAUUACGGAAGUGGGCAUGGCUAUGGAAGUGGCAUUGGCUACGCUCAGCCACCAGUACAAGGAGGCUAUAACUACUAUCCACCGCCACGUCCUGUUCACGAGGUGAGGCCAUCGCCCGGAUAUCAUGUAGAGCCGCAUUAUCCUCAUAGACAGCCAGAACCUUAUGGCUACUCGAACUCACGAGAUUAUAGUUACGGCUAUGGAUCAGGAUCAUCUGGUGGCUAUAAAUCCAGAGGAUAUUAAUUUCUGUGAUGACAAUUUAGAAAUUUAGAUAUAGAGAUUCCAAAUUUAAGC